AUGAAGAGAAAGGCCAAUAUCGAGAAAAACAACGAACCAAAAGCUACGUCUCUACUAAAUGCGAAUGAAAUGGAUAUGAAUGAAACAAAAAUGGCGUUAUGUAGAAAGCAGAAAGCCUUUAAAAUAGCGGAAGCAAAUAAAGCAAUGAUUGAAACACAGAAAAAGAUGUUAGAAAAAGAAAGAUCAAAGCAAGAAAAGUUUGACGAAGAUAUUAUUCGUAAAGUAAUAGAACAAGAAACAAAGAUUAUGGCAGACAAGGCUAAGUUAGAAAGAGAAGCAAUAAAAGAGUAUGAAAGUCAGAAUAAGAAAAUCAAGGAGUUAAAAACAAUAAGAGAAGAAGAGGCAGAGAAAAUACGAACUAUAUGGCAGAAUUAUCAGGAGAAAGUUAAUUACAAAACUAAAUUAAUUUUUAAAGAAGUAAUAAAUUUUCCUUCU